GAGUUUGAAAUCUAAAAUGACAGCUCGAAGUUUGCAAGCAGUUGACUUGGAGAAAUCUUUGACGAAUACAGUAUUGAACCUUGACAAAAUUGAUCUCAACCUAUAUAGGGGUACAAAUCUAUGGAAACCUCUACAUUCCCGUGCUGUGUUUGGUGGCCAAGUUGUGGGCCAGGCUCUUGUUGCAGCCACCAAGACAGUAGCUGAUAACAUGCAUGUCCACAGUCUUCAUUGCUACUUUGUCAAUGCAGGGGACAAUAGAGUACCUAUUAUACAUCAUGUAGACCGUGUACGAGAUGGCAAGAGUUUCUGCACGAGAUCAGUUAAAGCCAAUCAGCAGGGAACACCAAUUCUGACCAUGCAGGUAUCAUUUCACAUAAAUGAAAAUGGGGGAUUUAGUCACCAAUAUACAAUGCCUGAUGUUCCAAAACCAGAUGAUUUGCUCAGUUCAGAGGAAUUAACAAGAAAAUAUUUAGAGACCGAGGAGUUGUCUGCAAAGCAUAGAGCCUAUCUUGAAAGUUCACUAGCUGUAGAGGUUCCUAUGGAGAUGAGACCAGUCAAUCCAUUCACAUUCUAUGCUCGAAGAAUUGGCACUACAGUAGCACAUGAACCUAAGCAAAUGAUAUGGAUUCGAGCAUCUGGUCACUUGGAUGAUGACCCAGCAGAGAUGCACAUGAACCUUCACAGAUGUCUCGCUGCUUAUAUCUCAGAUUUCUCCCUCUUGGGUACAGCCACUCUACCUCAUCCAGACUUUAGAUGGGGUAUGGGGGCCUCUUUGGACCAUUCCAUGUGGUUUCACACCCCUUUUAGAGCAGAUGAGUGGAUGCUCUAUGAGUGUGAGAGCCCUCAAGCAGGUGGCAACAGAGCCUUAGUAUGUGGACGUCUUUGGAAGCAGGAUGGUACACUUGCAGUAACUGUAACACAGGAGGGACUCUUACGGCCAUAUGUGCCACAAGACAAAUCAAAACUUUAAAAGUUCUACAAGUGGAUUUAGCAUACAGCUGAAGCAGUGCAGUAAUAUUAGCAAUACAUGUGUGUGUAAAGAGUUCAUCUACCUCCGCAUGGACUUUUACAUGUGAUAGGCCUGUCUGCAGUAAGGACCAAUGUGAUGGAUAAAUCGCCACCCUGAAAUUAAUUUAUAUACAAUUUUUGUGAUUUCGGGUCAUUCAUUUUCCGUGAAAAAUAAAGAUUUGCUUUAUAGGAAAACUCCCUUCAAAUUGGCCUUUAACUGGACACCAUACUAGUAUUUGGGCACAACGUCAUUUGUGGCACAACCUUAUAUGGUAAAUUAUCAUAAUAUAUUUUCUAGUUAGGUUGAGAGGAAAGGCUGAGAAACAGAAUGAGAGAAUGGAUCAACAAUCCGAAAGGGAUGAGGUUAACAAUAGUUAUUGUUCACCCUCCCCUAGAUCUACAUUAAUUUGUACUACAACGUCAUUUCUUUCAUCCACAAAAAUUGACAUUUCUAAUGAAAGUUACCCCUGUUACUGUCUCAUCAUAUGACACUAUGUAUUAUAUAGGAUGAAUAUGACACA